CCAACGUUAAAAAUUUUUAACUUGAAUCCGGUGCUACUACCAGUCCAAACCAGAGAGUUGCAUAAUCUAAAGAUUUUCAGGGAGAAAGCAUGGCAGACAAAUGGAAGCAGACGGCUCUUAUAGUAAUUGACAUGCAGAAAGAUUAUAUUUUAGAGGAUAAAAUAAUGGCAGUGAAAGGAGGCAAAGCCAUAGUCCCUAAUGUCAUAAAGGCUGUUGAAAUCGCCAGGCAGCGUGGCAUUCUCGUCGUGUGGGUUGUUCGUGAACAUGACUAUUUCGGUAGAGAUGUUGAACUGUUUCGCCGGCACUUUUACUCUCCUGAGAAGGGGGGUCCGACCACAAAGGGAAGUGUAGGUGCAGAACUGGUGGAUGGCCUUGUGAUAAAAGAAGAAGAUUACAAGUUGGUGAAGACUCGUUUCAGUGCAUUCUUUAAUACCAAUCUCCAUAUGUUCCUUCAGAGUAAUGGGGUCAAUAAUCUAGUGGUUGUUGGUGUUCAAACUCCAAAUUGCAUUAGACAAACUGUCUUUGAUGCAGUAGCACAUGAUUACCAAUCUGUUGCUGUUAUCGUUGAUGCCACAGCUGCUGCUACACCUGAGGUACAUGAUGCCAGUAUCUUUGACAUGAAAAAUAUUGGAGUUGCAACACCAACACUGCAGGAGUGGUGCGAAACCAAUGCUUGAUCCAUCAAAUGAUUGAACUGGGAUGCAUUCUACCUGGUGGCUCUCCUUUCUCUAUUAGACUACAUGCAUUCUGUCCCCAUAAAACUGUGUUUGUCUUAAUGUAUAUGUUUUGUGAGUAAUAGUCAUUACUGUGCUUAUUUUUAUGUUAUUAGAAUGAAGAAGAGAGGGUCACUAAAACGGCUUGCUAGUUUUCUUAGCUGGUUCCAUUCAGGGGAAUGCUCAUGAUUGAAUCUUUCAAGUUCCCUUUUUAAUAGCUUUUUACUUGGAUUGCGUACAUGUGGGUUCUCCUCCAAUAGAAUGGACAAGCAAUUCCGAUGUAUUGUGAAGAUAUGGAAUCCGGAAAUGGGAGAAGGGUCCAGCAUUGCAUUG